AUGCAAUCCAGUCAGGAUGACGACACAACCCAAGAAGAGCCUAUCAACUACACCGCAGAUACCCGCUGCGCCGCCCGCUUUGCCUGCCUCAAAGAGGAGAUACUGGAGCUCUACCGGCACCGAUCGUCCGGCCAUCACGGAGAAAGAGUGAAUGCGAUCCGCUCAAAAGUCGAGAAACAGUGGGAAGACCUACCGCCCCACUUCAAGCUGCAGACCAGCCUGAAAGACUGCCGGCACCUCAGCCCCUUCGAGCGCGACUUCCUCGUCGGCACCCGCCUCGACUACCUGCACACCCUCCUCCUCCUCGGCCUCAUCUCCCUCCAGAAAACCACCGAGCCUGACCAGUCCAUCCUCGCCACCGCCGGCGAGAUGCUUUCGCUCGUCGUCGCGCAAUUCGGCCUCCCAGCCGCGGGCGUCAUUUCCCUCGCGCUGCUCAAUUCCGCCAUCAGCAGCGGCAUCGCGCGCCUGUCGCGGUCGAAGAUGGUGCAGGACCUGAGCGUGCUGGUCGCCGAGAUACGCGCGGGGGCGCUGAUCCAGGCGGGCGAGCCGAAUUUUGCGCUGUUUACGCGCGCGACGAGCACUAUGCAGAGUUUGUUGGAUUCGCUGAUGGUGGUGUGGCGGUCGCCGGAGCAACCCGCGGGGCAGCAACAGACGGGGGGACAGCAGGGGCAGAUGGAUGUGAGUGGUGUGGGGAGCGUUACGGAUGUGACGCUGGAUGAUUGGAACGCGUGUAUCGAUUUUGAGCCGUGGGAGUUUGAGCAGGGGUUUUGGGCGAGUUUGGCGGUGCAUCCGACGUUGUUGCAGGAUAGGUGA